CAUACACCUCAAGCGCAUUUUGAAGCGAAUCCAUCAUGGGCUAUCCGGCUAAGUCACGCAUUUGUCGUCUGUGUUUGUCGCAAGACGAGCUCCAGGUGUCGGUGUACAGUGAGUAUGCGAAACGAUUGCGGCUACUGGAUAAAAUCAAGCGUAUACUUCCUAUCGCAAUCGUUCCGGAUGAUCCGUUGCCGAAAACAGUCUGUAGCUACUGCAUAAUGCAUUUGAACAAGUUCUACGAGUUCUACAACACCACAUUAAGCAGCAAACGAGUGCUGGUAGGAAUGAAAGAGCAUUGUGCCGAUCCUCCAUACCACAGUCGCACUGCAGAUGAAGAAGUGCCCAGUUUUACUAUCGGUCAUAGUGAUAGUGAUCACGCUUCAAGCUCGCGAAGCCGUUGCGCACCGAAACGGCAAGAUUUGGAGGAAAUUCUGACACAAUCUCCACAGAUACAACACCCACCAAUCACAAUUCCCUCAAGCAGUGCUGUCUCUUCGGAAGCGACGCCGGCCUUCCUCAUGAAACGGUUGAAGCAGAAUCCUAAGAAAAAGCUGAAGUUCGAGACACCUGAGUUUAAGUAG